AGGCGCUCCAAAGCCCGCACAGGCGUGUAGAGAAAAUGACAGACGAUAUUGAUGUUGAAGCAAUGCUUGCGGCCCCUUACAAGAAGGAUGAGAACAAGUUGAGCAGUGCUAACGGCCAUGAAGAACGUAGCAAAAAGAGGAAAAAAAAAAAAAAAAGCAAGAGCAGAAGCUGUAGUCAUGAGCGAAAGAGAAGCAAAAGUAAGGAACGGAAGCGAAGUAGAGAUAGAGAGAGGAAAAAGAGCAAAAGCCGGGAACGGAAACGCAGUAGAAGCAAAAAAAAGAGACGAAGCCGCUCACGAAGUCGAGAUAGAAGAUUCCGAGGUGGCUACAGAAGUCCCUACUCCGGACCAAAAUUUAACAGUGCCAUCCGAGGAAAGAUUGGGUUGCCUCAUAGCAUCAAAUUAAGCAGAAGACGUUCCCGAAGCAAAAGUUCAUUCAGAAAAGACAAGAGCCCUGUGAGGGAACCUAUUGAUAAUCUAACUCCUGAGGACAGAGAUGCAAGGACAGUUUCCUGCAUGCCUGCAGCAAGAAUUCGGCCAAGGGAUUUGGAAGAGUUUUUCUCUACUGUAGGAAAGGUUCGAGAUGUGAGGAUGAUUUCUGAUAGAAAUUCAAGACGUUCCAAAGGAAUUGCUUAUGUGGAAUUUGUUGAUGUUAGUUCAGUGCCUCUAGCAAUUGGAUUAACUGGCCAGCAUGUUUUAGGAGUGCCAAUUAUAGUACAAGCAUCCCAGGCAGAAAAAAACAGAGCGGCUGCAAUGGCAAACAAUUUACAAAAGGGAAGUGCUGGACCUAUGAGGCUCUAUGUGGGCUCAUUUCACUUUAACAUAACUGAAGAUAUGCUCCGGGGGAUCUUUGAGCCUUUUGGAAGGAUUGAAAGUAUUCAGCUCAUGAUGGAUAGUGAAACAGGUCCAUCUAAGGGAUAUGGAUUCAUUACAUUUUCUGAUUCAGAAUGUGCCAAAAAAGCUCUGGAGCAGCUUAAUGGAUUUGAACUAGCUGGGAGGCCAAUGAAAGUUGAUCAUGUUACUGAACGAACUGAUGCUUCUAGUGCUAGUUCAUUUUUGGACAGAGACGAACUAGAAAGGACUGGAAUUGACUUGGGAACAACUGGUUGUCUCCAAUUGAUGGCGAGACUUGCAGAGGGUAGAAGAUUGCAGAUUCCACCAGCAGCACAGCAAGCUUUACAAAUGAGUGGCUCUUUGGCAUUUGGUGCUGUGGCAGAUUUGCAAACACGACUUUCCCAACAGACUGAAGCCUCAGCUUUAGCUGCAGCUGCAUCUGUUCAACCACUGGCAACACAGUGUUUCCAACUUUCUAACAUGUUUAACCCUCAAACAGAAGAAGAAGUUGGAUGGGAUACAGAGAUUAAAGAUGAUGUGAUUGAAGAAUGUAAUAAACAUGGAGGAGUUACUCAUAUUUAUGUUGACAAAAAUUCAGCUCAGGGCAAUGUGUAUGUGAAGUGCCCAUCUAUUGCUGCUGUCAAUGCAUUGCAUGGCAGAUGGUUUGCUGCUAAAAUGGUAACUGCAGCGUAUGUACCUCUUCCAACUUACCACAACCUCUUUCCGGAUUCUAUGACAGCAACACAACUACUGGUUCCAAGUAGACGAUGAAGGAAGAUAUAGUCCCUUAUGUAUAUAGCUUUUUUUUUCUUGAGAAUUCAUCUUGAGUUAUCUUUUAUUUAGAUAAAAAUAAAGAAGCAAGGGUCUACUGUCAUUUGUAUACAACUCCUGUUAUCUUGAAAAAUAAAA